CCUGGAAGACUUCUACGUCUACGCCACCAAGUCAAACUUCAUACCAGGGGAAAUUUCGACACUUCACGUGAUCAGGAAUUCUGAUUCACUGGGAUCAGAAGUUUGUUUGUAAAUCUCCUCCGAAUCGAUUGUGAACUGAACUUCCAGCUGACUAUAUAGACAGACCCGAAUCCUGCUCUCCUCAACCAUCCACUGCACUCUCAUUUAGCCAGCAUUCGCAUCCUUGAGCCUGUCAUUAGAUUCAGUCUGGUCUCUGUCUCUGUCUCUGUCUCCCUCUCGCUCUCUCCUAGUACACGUUUGAAGUUAGAUUCCUGGGAUACUUUCGAAGAUGCCUACAUGUGAACUUGAAAUCGAGUUAGGAGUAUCCGCAUCCGCCAUGUGGGCAGCCCUCAAGGAUCAGAACACACUCUUCCCCAAGCUGAUGCCGGGGGCCAUUGCCAGCAUAGAUAUCGUGGAGGGCGAUGGAGGCCCGGGAUCUGUUCGCCUCGUCAAAUUCGGACCAAUGGUUCCAGAUGGUGGACAUGUGAAGCAGCUGAUCGUGAGCCUCGACGACGAAGGUUACUCGGCUGUAUCAGAGGAGCUCGAAGGAGGGCACUUGACGCAAUUCGGACUCACCAAGUGGAUGCAGACCUUGAAGUUAAUUCCAUCGGGUGAGAACGCCUCAAAAUUGCACAUUUGUGCCGAAUAUGAGGGAGGCUCGGAGGAGAGCGUUGCUAAGUCAGGCGAAAUCUCCUUACAGGGACUCAACACUGUAUUUAAGGCAGUAGAGGGAUAUGUCAAAUCCAGUGUCUAAUCGGUGAGUGACAGACUGGACUACGUCUCUCGUGGAAGCAAGCCUCUCAAGUAUUUCAGUUCGUUUAGUUGGACAAAUUAUCCGAUUUGGCUCUUCAAAUCACAAUUCAGAGCCUUCAGAACUUGUGUAAAUAAAAACCGUGCGUGCUGAAGUCUCUUAAUACAAUCGAUACCGAAAACUUUUUUCCUCGAUGUUGCUGUGAGCGUAUCCUCAAUGGGGGUUUAUGCGGAUUUUCUAAGAAACGGGGAGAUAAGAUAUCGAGUGAAAGAUGUGAAAGAUUAGUACUCUGGACAAAUACUAUCUGCGAAGAGCAAUAAAUAAAGUGAAUAG